AUGAAUAGAUUAGGACAACUACCAUCUUUAGGAACCUCUGGGAGCAUAAAUGCAACACCUGGAUUCCUCCUUGCCAACUAUGUUUCGGGAAUGCAAAUCAAUGGACGGAUGUCCACAGUGCGUCGCUUCUUCUGUCUCUUCGUCACCUUUGAUCUGCUUUUUACGUGCCUCUUCUGGAUCAUCUGUAUCUUGAUCAAUGGAGAAAAUCUUGUCAAGGCCCUUGAGGAAGAAGUGGAGCAUUAUAGUAUCAAGACCUCAAUAUUUGAUAUUGUGAUGACGGCUGCAAUCAGGUUUACAGUAUUAUUGCUGUUCUAUGCCCUGCUGCACAUAAACCACUGGUGGCUUGUUGCUCUUACAACAGCAGGGAGCUGUGCUUUCCUCAUAGCUAAGACAUUACUUUAUACGUGGCAAACGGAAAACAGCCGUCCAUUUGAAGUGAUAGUCCUAAUAUCAUUUCUUAUUGCCUGGGCUGAAGCUUGGUUUAUUGACUUCAGGGUUUUACCACAAGAGGCUCGUGCUCGGUCAAUUCUGGAAGCUGCUGCAGGCAGCAGUGAACACAUGGAGAAUGAUCCACUAUUACCACAGUUGGAGCGUGUAAGGGACUACCUCAGUCAUUAUACUGAGACUGUUGGUGACUUCUACUCGCCCAUGGAAUCACCCUUAGGAUCUGAUGACGAUGAUGAUGGUUUUACUCGUACGGAUUACAGGAAAUUAUCUCCAGAAGAAAAACAAAUGCAAGCAAGUGGUUAUGAUGCCUUGCAAAAAGCCUGGGAGACUGUAAACUCUCCUGGCUGGAAGGUAGAAAAGGAAACUUCACAUGGAGACACAGUUUCCUCCAAAGUGGGACCUAAAGGAUCAAAAAUAUAUAAACUUGUGGGUAUGGUGGAGGUAGAGCCAAAGACCUUGUUUAAUGAGAUGCUCUUCAACUUCGAAAAUAUUCCAACAUGGAAUAAAGCAAUAACACUAGGUAGAGUUGUACAGACUAUAGAUAGUUGCACAGAUGUGGUGUACCAGGUUGCUGCAGAAGGACCAGGAGGCGUAGUAUCUGCAAGAGAUUUUGUGAAUGUGCGACACUGGAAGAAAAUUGGCGAUUGCUGGGUCUCUGCAAAUGUCUCUGUUGUUCAUAAAGAUGAACCACCACAAAAGAGUAUAGUACGGGGUGAGAAUGGACCAGGCUGUUGGGUGUUUAGCCCAGUUGCAGGUGCUCCAAAGAAAUGUUCCUUUCAGUGGUUGCUGGACACAGAUCUCAAGGGCUGGAUCCCUCAGUAUGUUAUUGACCAGGCUCUUACAUUCGCCAUGACAGACUUCCUGCAAUGCUUACGGAAUUAUGCACCGCAUAUCUCUGCAAGUAAAUGUGAAAGAUAUAGUGCUAGAUAAGUUGUGUAGAUAUUCAGCACUACUGACCAUUAUUUUACUCAUGAUGUCACACGUCUCAUCAUUGUUAAAGAUGUAGGUAAGUCUUGAUUAUAGGAUUAAACAUUUGUAGAAAUAUCAUCGCUACUUGUUUAUUUGUAUAUUGUCAGUUUUGUUUAAUGUUGUGAUAUAAUUUCCUUUGAAGGGAAGGAAUUGUUGAUUAACUAUACCUCUUAAUGAAGGUUGAUAGGACAUCUCUUGUUGAUGAAUAUGUUAAUGUAAUUAUAAUUAUAACCAAAAGACAAUAUCACAUUGUUGUGAGAUGGUAGUACACAGGGAAAAAUGUCCUUGGAAUUCCUUUAUUCCUAAGCUUCUUGUAGUCAAGGCCUAUGGCUUAGAAAAAAAAAAUCUUUUUUUUUUUUUACCAUAAUUAGUAUCAGUUGAAAAAUAAUUGCAUGAAUUAUACAGACAAACACUUUUUAUGAUUGGUCUCAUAAAACCAGAUCAGUUAGACUUUCAUCUUCAUGAUGCUCAGUAUAUUAUCUCCAGGGACACAAACAUUUUUAGUUGAAGAUGAAUACUCAUAGUUUUUAGAUGUAGAAAGCCAACUUUAUUUCUUAUCAUGAGAAAGCUGCUUGUUGGUGAGAAGUCUUUUAUUUACCUGGCUGUGAAGCAAUGUUGGGAGGGUAUUCUGUGACUGAUGCUUAGUCUUAUCUAUAUAAGCUGUAUCUUUUAAGAGAAAAUAAACUGUACAGAUUGAUAAGUGAUCUUGUUCGGUUGUGUUUAACACCAUUCAGGGAGGUUUAGGAUACCUAUCAGAGUGGAGUUAUUCAGAUGCUAGAUAUUCAGAUAUUAAGGCUGUAGUUAGAGGAUUUUAAAUAUCAAGUGAAAGCCCAGGGAUUACCUAUAGAGGCAUAAACUGGGACAAAAAAUUUCAGUGGUGUUGCAUAUGACCAUGUCUGAUUUUUCGUUGCUGUGGAAGUUGUUGAUAUAGGCAGUAGCUUUUAUCAUUUGUUUCUGUAAUUUCCAUACAUAUUGAUAUACAAAGUAGUAUGUAAAUUUGCUGUAAAGUAUGAUAGACUUUAUUUUUCUUAUUCUUUUUUUCUCUGUGAAAAGAGAUUUUUCAUUUUUGAUCUGAACAUAUACAUGUAUGAAUGUGUAUUUUGAUAUCCUUAUGACUCUUGAGUUGAUAGUUUGCAUAUGAAAUCUUUUAAAGUGCUAAAGUUUAUACAUUAACCAGUCACUUCUGUUGGAUUGAUUUAAGUGCCUCUAUCUGAGUGAUGUAUAUAAAGCUAAGUAUUAGCAGUUGGAGAUUGUACAAGUGAACCUGUUGUGCUUAAUCUUCUUAUAUGGAGGAUUAAACUGUGGAUUCUGUCAGUAUUCUUCUGAAUUGUAAAUAAAUUUAAGAUAUAUUUA